GGACUGGGAGAGCCGGGGAGGCCAGAGAGGCCAGCUGUGAGAGGAACGCGAGCCCUGGAAGCACCGCGGAGGCCUGAGGAGCUGUUAUUGCUUCUCUUGGUAUCUACCGACUGUUUCUACUCCCUACUGUCACCCAGAGAUCUUGGAGCUGGUUCCUCAGAGCUGCCCUGAUCCUUGCUCUUUCACAACACUCUCCUCUUUCUAAAUGGACCAGCAGAUGGCUUAGUGGUUGUUACAUGGUUACAUCGCUGGACUCUCCCAAGUGGCUGACAGGUUCACAUCCUAGAGUUGGAGUCUUUAAAAUCAUGCCAGUGGUCUAAGAGCAGAAGCCUCUGGGCUGGAUGGAAUUUAGCAUCAAAAAAAGCCCUCUUUCUGUUCAGAAAGUUGUAAAGUCCAUAGAGAUGAAGCAGGCACCAGAAAUCCUUGGCAAUACUAACGGAAAGACUCAGAACUGUGAAGUGAAUCGUGACUGUUCUGUAUUCCUCAGCAAAGCCCAGCUUUCUAACAGUCUACAGGAGGGGGUCAUGCAAAAAUUUAAUGGCCAUGAUGCACUUCCCUUUAUUCCAACUGAGAAGUUGAAAGAUCUUACUUCCCGAGUAUUUAAUGGAGAACCUGGUGCUCAUGAUGCCAAAUUGCGUUUUGAGUCUCAGGACAUGAAAGGAAUUGGGACACCACCUAAUACUACCCCUAUCAAAAAUGGCUCUCCAGAAAUUAAGCUGAAAAUCACCAAAACGUACAUGAAUGGGAAACCUCUCUUUGAAUCAUCCAUUUGUGGAGACAGUGCUGCUGAUGUGUCUCAGUCAGAAGAAAAUGGACAAAAACCAGAAAACAAGGCAAGAAGGAACAGGAAGAGGAGCAUAAAAUACGACUCCUUACUAGAGCAGGGCCUCGUUGAAGCAGCUCUAGUGUCCAAGAUCUCAAAUUCUUCAGAUAAAAAGAUUCCAGCUAAGAAAGAAUCCUGUCCAAACACUGGCAGAGACAAAGACCACCUGUUGAAAUAUAAUGUAGGAGAUUUGGUGUGGUCCAAAGUGUCGGGUUAUCCUUGGUGGCCUUGCAUGGUUUCUGCUGAUCCACUCCUUCACAACUAUACCAAACUUAAAGGUCAGAAAAAGAGCGCACGCCAGUAUCAUGUACAGUUCUUUGGUGAUGCCCCAGAAAGAGCUUGGAUAUUUGAGAAGAGCCUUGUAGCUUUUGAAGGAGAAGGACAGUUUGAAAAAUUAUGCCAGGAGAGUGCCAAGCAGGCACCUACGAAAGCUGAGAAAAUUAAGCUGUUGAAACCUAUUUCAGGGAAAUUGAGGGCCCAGUGGGAAAUGGGCAUCAUUCAAGCAGAAGAAGCUGCAAGCAUGUCAGUGGAGGAGCGGAAAGCCAAGUUCACCUUUAUCUAUAUGGGGGACCAGCUUCAUCUCAACCCUCAUGUAGCUCAGGAGGCAGGUCUUGCUGUGGAGCCCUCCGGAGAAAUGACAGAAUCCUUAGGAGUCAGUGAAGAAGCUGCUGAAAAUCUCAAGUCUGUCAGAGAAGAUGGCAUUCCCAUGAAGAGAAGACGGAGAGCCAAACUGUCUAGCUUUGCUGAGUACCAGGAGAGUGACCCUGGCACAGUGAAGGGUAUUCCUCACAAGACAGCAGAGGUUGAUACCAGAAAAGGAGUAGGGUCUCUUUCUGGGAGGAAGAAGGCCACAGCUUCCACUCCACGAAGCAGAAAGGGAGAUGCAGCAUCCCAGUUUUUGGUCUUCUGUCAAAAGCACAGGGAUGAGGUUGUUGCUGAGCAUCCAGAUGCCUCAGGUGAAGAGAUUGAAGAGUUGCUUGGAUCCCAAUGGAACAUGCUCAAUGAAAAACAGAAAGCACGCUAUAACACAAAGUUUGCCCUAGUGACUUCUGCCCAGACUGAAGAAGACUCUGGUAACUUAAAUGGGAAAAAAAGAAACCACACAAAGAGGACACAGGAUCCUACAGAAGAUGCUGAAGCUGAGGAUGCACCCAGGAAAAGACUCAGGACCGACAAGCAUAGUCUUCGGAAGCAGAGAGACACGAUCACUGACAAAACGUCCAGAACAAGCUCUUACAAGACCAUAGAGGCAGCUUCCUCACUCAAGAGCCAGGCAGCGACGAAAAAUCUGUCUGAUGCAUGCAAACCACUGAAGAAGCGAAAUCGGGCUUCCGCAGCAGCGUCUUCAGCUCUUGGGUUUAGCAAAAAUUCAUCUCCUUCUGCAUCCUUAACUGAGAAUGAGGUCUCAGACAGCCCAGGAGAUGAGCCCUCGGAGUCCCCAUAUGAAAGUGCAGAUGAAACACAGACUGAAGUGUCCAUCUCAUCUAAAAAGUCUGAACGAGGAGUGACCGCCAAAAAGGAGUACGUGUGUCAGCUGUGUGAGAAGACAGGCAGCCUCUUGCUAUGCGAAGGCCCCUGCUGCGGAGCUUUCCACCUUGCCUGCCUUGGGCUUUCCCGGAGACCAGAAGGGAGGUUCACCUGCAGCGAGUGUGCGUCAGGGAUUCACUCAUGUUUCGUGUGUAAGGAGAGCAAGACAGAUGUUAAACGCUGUGUGGUGACUCAGUGUGGAAAAUUCUACCAUGAAGCUUGUGUGAAAAAAUACCCUCUGACUGUGUUUGAGAGUCGAGGCUUUCGCUGCCCCCUCCACAGCUGUGUGAGCUGCCAUGCUUCAAACCCUUCAAACCCAAGACCAUCGAAAGGUAAAAUGAUGCGGUGUGUCCGCUGCCCCGUUGCCUAUCAUGGAGGGGACGCUUGUCUGGCAGCAGGAUGCUCGGUCAUCGCAUCCAACAGUAUCAUCUGCACAGGCCAUUUCACGGCUCGGAAGGGGAAAAGGCAUCAUGCCCACGUCAAUGUGAGCUGGUGCUUUGUGUGUUCCAAAGGUGGAAGCCUUCUGUGCUGUGAGUCCUGCCCAGCAGCCUUCCAUCCCGACUGCCUGAACAUUGAGAUGCCCGACGGCAGCUGGUUCUGCAAUGAUUGCAGGGCUGGGAAGAAGCUACACUUCCAAGAUAUUAUUUGGGUUAAACUUGGGAACUACAGAUGGUGGCCGGCAGAAGUUUGCCAUCCCAAAAAUGUUCCCCCAAAUAUUCAGAAAAUGAAGCACGAGAUUGGAGAAUUCCCUGUGUUUUUCUUUGGGUCUAAAGAUUAUUACUGGACGCAUCAGGCACGAGUGUUCCCGUACAUGGAGGGGGACCAGGGCAGCCGCUACCAGGGGGUCAGAGGAAUCGGAAGAGUCUUCAAAAACGCACUGCAAGAAGCUGAAGCUCGUUUUCGUGAAAUCAAACUUCAAAGGGAAGCCCGAGAAACGCAGGAGAGUGAGCGCAAGCCUCCACCAUACAAACACAUCAAGGUGAAUAAGCCUUAUGGGAAAGUCCAGAUAUACACAGCUGAUAUUUCCGAAAUCCCAAAGUGCAACUGUAAGCCCACAGAUGAGAAUCCCUGUGGCUUUGACUCAGAGUGUUUGAAUAGGAUGCUGAUGUUUGAGUGCCACCCGCAGGUGUGUCCCGCGGGUGAGUACUGCCAAAACCAGUGCUUCACCAAGCGUCAGUACCCUGAAACCAAGAUCAUCAAGACAGACGGCAAAGGGUGGGGCCUUGUCGCCAAGAGGGACAUCCGAAAGGGAGAAUUUGUUAAUGAGUAUGUUGGGGAGCUCAUUGAUGAAGAGGAGUGCAUGGCAAGAAUCAAGUAUGCUCAUGAGAAUGACAUCACUCACUUUUACAUGCUCACUAUAGACAAGGACCGUAUAAUUGAUGCUGGCCCCAAAGGAAACUAUUCUCGAUUUAUGAAUCACAGUUGCCAGCCCAACUGUGAGACCCUCAAGUGGACAGUGAAUGGUGACACUCGGGUGGGCCUGUUUGCUCUGUGUGACAUUCCUGCAGGGACAGAGCUGACUUUUAAUUACAACCUGGAUUGCUUGGGCAAUGAAAAAACGGUCUGUCGGUGUGGAGCUUCCAAUUGUAGUGGAUUCCUUGGGGACAGACCAAAGACCUCAGCAGCUCUUUCCUCAGAGGAAAAGGGCAAAAAGACCAAGAAGAAAAUGAGGAGGCGUCGAGCAAAGGGAGAAGGGAAGCGGCAGUCAGAGGAUGAGUGCUUCCGCUGUGGGGAUGGCGGCCAGCUGGUGCUGUGUGACCGCAAGUUCUGCACCAAGGCCUACCACCUGUCCUGCCUGGGCCUGGGCAAGAGGCCUUUCGGAAAGUGGGAAUGUCCCUGGCAUCAUUGUGACGUGUGUGGCAAACCUUCAACUUCAUUUUGCCACCUUUGCCCCAAUUCAUUUUGUAAGGAACACCAAGAUGGGACAGCCUUCAACUCUACCCAGGAUGGGCAGUCGUACUGCUAAAAGUUUACCCAAGUAUUCUUUACAAUGGCUUUUUUGCCUUGUGGAAUUGCAAGAUGUAUUUGGACCUAUACCUACCUACUUCUCUGUGGCCGUGACCUGCACUCUGAGGCUUUAGAUGUGAACAUCCGUGAGCUCCAGCACCUCCCCCAAGCAGCACCAACAAGAGGAAGUUUUGCUGACUGGUGGCUUUCUGGCUCUCCUAUCAUGGUUCCAAAAAAGAGUAACCAAAGGACCAAAACAACAAUAAGAAAACAAGUUUUGCAGUUGCUGAUGACCACUUGUGGGGGCUGUUAACUCUGGCUGUGCAUUUGCCUGGUAAGACAGGUGGCUGUUUUUUUUUUUUUCCUUCAGUUUUGAACUCUUUUUCCGAAAAUACUGGAUUGGUUCAUAUAAACUCAUACUCCAUAUGCCCUUACUUGAAAGGAGGUUCCAGUGAUGGCUGGGCGGCAUCCCAGCAUGCACAUGGCCUUGCCCUUUAGAGCCCAAGGUCCUCGGGCUUCUCUGAUAAGUGCAGGCUGAUGUCACUUUCUACAAGAUCUCUUCCUGCCAGUGAAAAGACUUCUAUAUAAGUCACAACAUCAGAAUUGGCCUUGUAGUGCACUUUGGGGAGCAGAUUAACUUAUUUUUUUUAUUUGACAGUAGUCACUUUGAUAUCACUUCCAAAUUAUUUUACCUUUCUGAAGGAAAUACUGCAAAAAUUUAAAAUAUGGUACCCUUUUCAAAAACUGUUAAAACUAAUGAGCGAAUAACACUAACUGAAGACCGUUACAACACCAGUUUAUAAAUCUGAGUAAAACAAGGCUUUAAAGUAGCGGCUCCAGGCUUGAAGGGCUUUCCUCCCUGGGGGCUGACAAGGCACACAGCCAUGACCGUGCAUGUGGUGGUGCUUGGACCUGCCUAAUUUUUUCCUAAGAGUCUUGGGGGAAGAUUUGUUUUUGAGGAUGUAGUAACUUUCUGAAUAUCAGCUUCAAUCCUUUUACCAUUAAUGUGAAGAAUUGUGAAGCAAAACAAAUGGCAACUGUCAACAUUUCUGGAUUCCUUGGCAUCGGAACCAAUCAGCAUAUGUACCUGAGCCUGUCUCCUUGCACAGGGUCAGGCAACAGCCCUGUGUUGUGCACAGCUGGUAUGUCCAUACCAGCACAGGAAUGCACUGUGCAUGGAGUCACAGGGAUGUGUCCAUAAGGGCAGGUAGAGACCUUGGUCACUUGGGGGGGGGAGUGUAUCUGGCGCCUAAAGUGGUGAGAACCUGCUUGUCCGGUCCUCUGGGGAAAGACCCUCCUGAACCUGAUGGUUAUCUGCCCAGCCACCCCCCCCUCCCCACCUGUCUUGUGCACUCAGAUUUGUGUUUUGACACCUCCAAAGUGUCUUGACAUCUGAUCCAUGGUGUGCAUGGUAUCCAUCUCCCACAACUACCUUAUUUUCAAGAAUUCAAGGUAACCCUGUUUUAAUUAAACUUAGUGCAAACAACUGUCAGUUGCCAAAUAUCUUGAUUUAUAAGAAAAGUAGUUGAUGACUGUUAGUAGAGUAAAAUGCUGUGUCCAUUGGGCGUCAUGGUGUCACCGUACCCUGUUGAGAUGUGAAAUGCCCUGUCACAAAUUAAAUAUAAAUUUAAAUGUGCCUAUUGGUGUCUAAACUUCAUACAAUAUAAGGCCAAGUUCUUUUGAGGACUG